UUGCAUCGGUGCGACAGAGUGUAAAUUUCCGCCUCAGCGCGACACAUUUCAAACACUACGUAUAGUAAUCCCCCAUGCGCUGCGCCAAAUUGAGGUGUUUUUUGCUACAUUCAUCGGAACUUGGUCGACCAAUCAUCUACGGCUGAGAGCAAGUUUCAUUUCCUAUUUAGAUCCUAGCGUUGCAAGUGUAGACCAGGAUGUGUAGUGAUUGCAAUCUAUCCGUGUUCAAUGCUGCCCAAUAUAGCGAACAGGUGUCACGUCUUAAGAUAACUGCUUGUCGCAUGCUUGACGCGUGGCUGAAACCUGCCUGGACCUUCCAUCCGCCGUCAGUAGUACGCCUCUAUAUAGAUAUCAACACUGCACUGCACGCAUCCAGAUCACUAUUGUAUCCUCUCGUGCUUCACUACUCAAAUACCACGCCCCGAACAACACUCUACUCACCGAUCCACCCUCGUACUCGUACUCGUACCUGCUAUCGCACUCCGCCAAACGCCCAAUAUGUUCCGCUACGCCAUCAUGCUCCUCGGUCUCGCCGCUACAUUCACCGCCGCCCACGGAGACGAGGAGUCCAAGAACGGAACAGCUGCAUCCGUGGUAACAACCACAAUGGUGAUGGACGGGAAGACCACCACGAUGGUGAUGACGGAGACUGGCGCACACAACCACGGCGACGAGAGCACACCGACGGCAGCGGCAGCUUCGGCGUCGCAAGGCUUAGCUUUCAAGCCUACGCAUGUUCCUGCGCAGAUGGGAGCUGUCGGUUUGGCGGUUGGAAUCCUCGUUGGCGUGGGAUUGUAAGCUCGUCUGCUGUACGACGCCCGACACGGUCUUUGUGUGCGCCGUGUUAUGCGAACGCGUGGGAUUGUAAUUGUAUGCGCAUUCCACCAUCAAAUGUCUUAACAAAAUCAUUGGUACUCCCACACUUUUAUCGGGAGUCGUCUUGCUAUAACUCUCGUAUAGCUUCACAUAACUGCGUACUUUACAUUCCGCUCGACAUUCUGGCACGCAGGAGUCUAACAAGAUGA